CAACCUAACUCCAAUUUGAUCGACAAGUUCCGGAAGCAAUCAGAGCGGUUCUGCACCGAGAUCUUCACGGAGACAGUCACCAAGGCCGACAUGUCCUCGAGGCUGUUCAAGUUCUUCACCGAUUCGAGAAGCGACGCCGUCAUCUCCACCGGAGCUGUCGCGGAACGGCUGAGAUUUGUCGGAUCUGGCGAAGGCGCUGGUGGUUUCUGGAGCCGAGGGAUCUCAGCAUGUGUUGUAUGCGACGGCGCCGCUCUGAUCUUUAGGAACAAGCCUCUGGUAGUUAUCGGCGGCGUAGACUCGACGAUGGAGGAGAUGAAGUUCUUGACCAAGUAUAGAUCUAAGGUUUAUAUAAUCCACAGGUGCGAUACGUUCAGAGCGUUGAAGAUCAUGCAGCAGAGGGUGUUGUCGAAACCUAAGAUUGAAGUGAUUUGGAACUCUUCGGUGGUGGAGGCGUAUAGAGAUGAAAACGGGAAAGGUGUGCUUGGUGGUUUGAAGGUGAAGAACGUUGUUACUGGUGAUGUUUCGGAUUUGAAAAUGUCUGGGUUGUUCUUUGUGAUUGUUCAUGAGCCGGCAACAAAGUUUUUGGAUGGGCAGCAUGAGCUUGAUGAGUAUGAGUAUGUGGUGAGCAAGCCUGGUACCACUAAGACGAUCGUUCUUCUCUGCGAGGCUGUGGAUUCCUAG